AAGCGACGUUCUGUAGUGUUUUAAGAAUUAUAUCUUCUGUCAAGAUGGCAUUUAGUCAUUUUAUGAUGUUUUAUUAACUAAGUUCGGGAGGAGAAGGAGCAGAUAAUUAACUCGGCUGGUCUGCUAUCAGCAAUCACAGCACCCGACCUACCAGUUCAAGAGAGAGAGAGCCUCUAUAAAUAGUCAAGACGUCUUACCUUCACUCUCUCUUCAGUCUCAAGCAUUUGUAUAUCCAAUUGCGGCGAUGUCAGAGAACGAAAUAAUCCCUAUUGACAACUCCGUCAACGAUCAGGGUCCUUUGGCAUCCUCAAGCGAUGGCCAGCACAGCAGCGCCCGCCAGGAUACCUCAGACAAACCCGCGGCUGCUCCAAGGGGCCGUCGGCCCUCCCGCGCCUCUUCUACUACCGCGAGACGCAGUGGCGCGCAGUCACCACCGCCUUCCAGGCAGCCGUCGCGGUCUCCAGCUUCCUCCUAUGCAUCUAUCCGUCCCGCCUAUCAAAAUGUGGACUGUCCUAGGAUUACGGCAAGCCCUAAUCAACGCAGAUGUCCACUUGCUCGACGGAUGAACAAGGCUGAACUGUACGGUUUGUACUCCUCCCUGCAACCGGAUUCCCUGGCGGCACAACCUGCCACUCCUUUUAAGGCCACAGGAAAGCCGAGGCAGGUCCGUAAUUCCCCAUAUUUACAGCCGGAUCAAACUCCAACGAGGAGGGGCCGCCGGUCCGAAAGCCGCCGCAGCGGUCCCUCUGCAAGCUUGGGCCGCACCCAGACGCCAGAUCCGCCCGCCUGCAGCCUCUUCCCCUUCAGCCGAGCUCCAGCAGGCAGCAUCUCCGGGCACCAUCCAAGCCCACCACACCUUGAGCCGCCCCAGCAGCGUGAGCAUGGCUCCGCAAGCGGCGUCGGCUCACCCACACAUCCUCCCGAUCUCCUCCUCCAAUCCCCGUCCAGGUCAAUGGCCCGCUGCCCCGCCGUCAAACUCUAGUGCGAGGCUGCCUCCACUGGCGACGCGGGCUCAGGCUCACGACUUCCCCGCUUUCCCUCUAGUCCCCGGCCCAGACAACGGUAGUAGCAUGAGAUUGGCCCCGCAAACAGCCCCAGAGGCUAUUAUUCCCUCUCUCAUGUCUCUCCCCCAGGCACGUCCCUCCUUCUCACUGUCAUCGGCAGCAGCGAUGCCAGUCCCGCCCAACGCCCUGGCCCUGGAGCCGCCUCCCGUCUCAGCCAGCAUCAGGUCGCAGAUACUGGCAGGUGCGGACGUAGACCUCUUCUCUCUUUUAUCCCCACUCUCACCUCCGUCAGCAGAUCGCCAAAUCACAUACGGCGAUCUCUCACUCACCCUAAAAAACACGACACAUAGCAGUUCACUCACCUUAACAUUUCCAGAGUUUACCGUAGCUUUUUCACGCUACCUCGAAGUAAUCUGCACGGCAUUCCCUCACAGGAGGCGCGAGCUCAGUGACUACCUCGCCAUAGUCGCGGAGCUCGCGCUUUCUUACGGGGGGAACCCAUUUCUACACGUAUAAUCGUUUAUUUUCCUCCAUCCGCGUAGCUCAGUGAAACCAGUGUCCUUACUGGGGGGCACUGGACACUGAGCUUCACAAUCGAGUUUUCCUCGGUUGCAGGAACAUUUCAUGUGCGGUCUGCAGAUCCGUCGCCCACAGCAGCACUUCUUGCCCUUUAGUUCACUCAUCCAUCCCCCCGCCUGGACUCACCUCACACCAAAUCCACAGGCUAUGUCCCACGCUUCCCAACAUAUCCCGCCAACCCACCUCUGCCCGAUUCUGAUCGCCGGCAGGCAUCAAGCUUCGAACCUUGCAGGAAGUUCAACAUCGGCGCUUGCUCACGACAGCGGUGCCGCUUCCUGCACGUUUUCAGCUUCUGCGGUGGCGCACACGCCCACAUUGUGUGUCCAGUCUCUAAAUCUGCAAAUAAAAAUUGUAAACAGUAUUUAUCGACUCUUGUGAAUGUUUUCAGUUUGUCUGCUGAAUUGUCUCUUCACCCCGACACUCGCUUUACUGAUUAUUCAAUUCAAUUCAAUUUUAUUUAUAUAGCGCUUUUCACAAUGUGCAUUGUUCCAAAGCAGCUUUACAGGAGCAAAUAAGAAAAACACAGAAGGGUAAAACACAGCACAGUGCAUGGUGUUUAUAGACCAAGCAAGAUCAUUCUAAUAAAUAAUAUCUAAUAAAUAAAUGAAUAAAUAAAUAAAUAAAUGCAGUCUCCCGGUGAACAUGCCAACACUGCACUGCUGUGGCGAGGAACCCAAACUCCAAUGAUGAAUAAAUGGAGAAAAAAAACCUCGGGAGAAACCAGGCUCAGCCGGGAGGGCCAGAUCUCCUCUGACGUGUCAUAGCUGCACUCAGUGACCCCGACCAAAGCCACCGAGCAACGUCCACGAAGAACAGGGAGAGCC